UGCUGCUGGUGGGUGAAAAAAAUGCCGCAGCUGAACGGCGGUGGAGGAGAUGACCUAGGCGCCAACGACGAACUGAUUUCCUUCAAAGACGAGGGCGAGCAAGAGGAGAAGAGCUCCGAAAACUCCUCGGCAGAGAGGGAUUUAGCUGAUGUCAAAUCGUCUCUAGUCAAUGAAUCAGAAACGAAUCAAAACAGCUCCUCCGAUUCCGAGGCGGAAAGACGGCCUCCGCCUCGCUCCGAAAGUUUCCGAGAUAAAUCCCGGGAAAGUUUGGAAGAAGCGGCCAAGAGGCAAGAUGGAGGGCUCUUUAAGGGGCCACCGUAUCCCGGCUACCCUUUCAUCAUGAUCCCCGACCUGACGAGCCCCUACCUCCCCAACGGAUCGCUCUCGCCCACCGCCCGAACCCUCUAUUUUCAGUCCGGGAGCACACAUUACUCUGCGUACAAAACGAUUGAACACCAGAUUGCAAUUCAGUAUCUUCAGAUGAAAUGGCCACUGCUUGAUGUCCAGGCGGGGACCCUGCAGAGCAGACAAGCCCUCAAGGAUGCCCGUUCUCCGUCGCCGGCGCACAUCGUUCAGUGCCCCCUCCCUUGCUGCACUCAGGGACAUGACUGUCAGCACUUCUACCCCCCCUCAGACUUCACUGUCAGCACUCAAGUCUUCAGGGACAUGAAAAGGAGCCAUUCCUUACAAAAGGUUGGGGAGCCCUGGUGUUUGGAGUCGAACAAAGUACCGGUUGUGCAGCACCCUCACCAUGUCCACCCUCUCACGCCUCUUAUCACAUACAGCAAUGAACACUUCACGCCGGGAAACCCGCCUCCACACUUACCAGCUGACGUAGACCCCAAAACAGGAAUCCCACGGCCUCCGCACCCUCCAGAUAUAUCUCCGUAUUACCCGCUAUCGCCCGGCGCUGUAGGACAAAUCCCCCAUCCGCUAGGAUGGUUAGUACCACAGCAAGGUCAGCCAGUGUACCCCAUCACGACAGGAGGAUUCCGUCACCCCUACCCCACAGCUCUGACCGUCAACGCUUCCAUGUCCAGCUUUCUGUCUUCUAGGUUCCCUCCCCAUAUGGUCCCACCACAUCAUACUCUACACACGACCGGCAUUCCCCACCCGGCCAUAGUCACGCCGACAGUCAAACAAGAAUCUUCCCAGAGUGACGUCGGCUCACUCCACAGCGCAAAGCAUCAGGACUCCAAAAAGGAAGAAGAAAAGAAGAAGCCCCACAUAAAGAAACCUCUUAACGCGUUCAUGUUGUAUAUGAAGGAAAUGAGAGCGAAGGUUGUAGCCGAGUGCACGUUGAAAGAAAGUGCAGCCAUCAACCAGAUCCUGGGCCGAAGGUGGCACGCACUGUCCAGAGAAGAGCAAGCGAAAUACUACGAGCUGGCCCGGAAGGAGCGACAGCUUCACAUGCAGCUGUACCCCGGCUGGUCCGCACGGGAUAACUAUGGGAAGAAGAAGAAGAGGAAAAGGGACAAGCAGCCCGGGGAGACCAAUGAACACAGCGAAUGUUUCCUAAAUCCUUGCCUUUCACUUCCUCCGAUUACAGACCUGAGCGCUCCUAAGAAAUGCCGAGCGCGCUUUGGCCUUGAUCAACAGAAUAACUGGUGCGGCCCUUGCAGGAGAAAAAAAAAGUGCGUUCGCUACAUACAAGGUGAAGGCAGCUGCCUCAGUCCACCCUCUUCAGAUGGAAGCUUACUAGACUCGCCUCCUUCCUCCCCCAACCUGCUAGGCUCCCCUCCCCAAGACGCCAAGUCACAGACUGAGCAGACCCAGCCUCUCUCGCUGUCCCUGAAGCCCGAUCCCCUGGCCCACCUGCCCAUGAUGCCUCCGCCGCCCGCCCUUCUGCUUGCCGAGGCCGCCCACGGCAAGGCCCCCGCCCUCUGUGCCAACGGGGCCCUGGACCUGCCUCCCGCCAUCCCUCCCUCAUCCCUGGCGCAGCCGUCGACAUCUUCCUUACAUUCCCACGGCUCUCUGGCCGGGACGCAGCCACAGCCGCUCUCCCUCGUCACCAAGUCUUUAGAAUAGCUUUACCUUCCUCAGCUCCGGUUGCUCUUUUGUGGAGUGUUGCGUUCUGCUUUUCUUUAUUUCCCGCGCCCCCUUCUGCCAGGUUUUUGUUUUGUCCUCUUUUCCGUUUGUGCCACGUGGCUACAUUAGUUAAUGUUUAUCGAGUUCAUUGGUCAAUAUUUGACCCAUUCUUAUUUCAAUUUCUCCUUUUAAAUAUGUAGAUGAGAGAAGAACCUCAUGAUUCUACCAAAAUUUUUAUCAACAGCUGUUUAAAGUCUUUGUAGCGUUUAAAAAAUAUAUAUAUAUACAUAACUGUUAUGUAGUUCGGAUAGCUUAGUUUUAAAAGACUGAUUAAAAAACAAAAAGGAAAAAAAAGAAGCAAUUUUGAAGCAGCCCUCCAAAAGGAGUUGGUUCUGUAUUAUUUGUAUUAAAUACGAGCUUGCGAACCAAUCAUUUUCCAUCUGGUUUUUAAACCAUAAGGGCACAAUGAAUGCAGUGCCAUUUACCUUUUUUUUUUUCCUGUGUGAAACAACUUUUAUUGUGAUGUUACUUGUUAUUGUUUAAAUGUACAGAAACAAAGGGUUAAAAUGUGUUAAUAUACCUUGUUCCAUGGUGUUGUUCUUUUGGGGGGAGGGGGAUGCUAUUCAACAAUUAAUGGAAUCACAACGCUGUUGGACCAGUAGUAUUUAUUGCUUUAGAGGUUGCUUGUCAAACCUGUACGUUGUCCCUUUUAAAAUAUGUUUUCCUUUUUCUUGAAACUGUAUAAAGUUUUUUUCCCCUUAGCAUAAGCAUCUUAUAUAUAACAACUCAUUUGUACAAGGUUUUUAAGUUUAUAUAUAAAAUGUGUAUAUAUAUAUUUUUUGUUUCCCUUUUGGACAUUUUUUUUUUUUUUUUUUUUUU